CCAUCUCUUCACCAUUACAGUUUUGGCUCGAAAUUGCCCUUUGUUCUGUAAAGUUUAAAGGGUACAUUAAUCUGAACCUUUUAACUAGUGCUGUGCCAAGUCCAUGAGGCAUCAACUAACAUGCAGCUUUUCCUGUGACUGCAACAACUGCUUUUGAUGGCCACCUACUAUAAUCGUGGAAACGUGUCCCUAUAAUUUUCCACGGGCUUCAAUAUACCUUAACAUUGUAAAAUCAUAGUACUAAGUAAAAAAUUUAACAUUGAUCACAUUGUCUACUCAGGCUCUGCAAUUUUUCAGCCAUGGCAAAACAACCCACUAGAGUUCUUGUCACUGGAGCAGCCGGUCAAAUUGGAUAUGCUCUUGUUCCGAUGAUUGCUAGAGGAGCCAUGUUAGGCCUUGAUCAACCUGUUAUCAUACACAUGCUUGAUAUUGAACCUGCUGCUGAGGCCUUGAAAGGAGUUAAAAUGGAAUUGAUUGAUGCAGCUUUUCCUCUUCUCAAAGACAUUGUUGCUACCACGGAUGCUGUUGAAGCUUGUAAAGGCGUCAAUGUUGCUGUUAUGGUUGGUGGAUUUCCACGAAAAGAAGGGAUGGAAAGAAAGGACGUCAUGUCAAAAAAUGUUUCAAUUUACAAGGCACAAGCCUCUGCCUUAGAGCAGCAUGCUGCCCCUGAUUGCAAGGUUUUGGUUGUUGCUAACCCAGCUAACACCAAUGCACUUAUUUUGAAAGAAUUUGCCCCUUCCUUCCCGGCGAAAAACAUAACUUGCCUAACAAGGCUUGAUCACAACAGAGCUUUAGGUCAGGUUUCAGAGAGGCUAAAUGUUCAUGUUGGUGACGUAAAGAAUGUGAUAAUAUGGGGAAAUCACUCUUCAAGUCAGUAUCCAGAUGUGAAUCAUGCAACUGUGAAAACCGCUGCUGGAGAAAAGCCUGUCAGAGAACUUGUUGCUGAUGAUCAAUGGUUAAACACAGAAUUUAUCACCACAGUGCAGCAGCGAGGAGCGGCCAUCAUAAAAGCUCGAAAGCUAUCAAGUGCAUUGUCUGCUGCUAGCUCAGCUUGUGAUCAUAUACGUGAUUGGGUUCUCGGCACUCCAAAGGGGACAUGGGUGUCAAUGGGGGUUUAUUCUGAUGGAUCUUAUGGCAUCCCAGCUGGCUUAAUAUACUCUUUCCCAGUUACUUGUGAGAAAGGAGAAUGGUCAAUCGUGCAAGGUCUGAAGAUAGAUGAGUUUUCAAGGGCCAAGAUGGAUGCAACCGCGAAGGAGUUGGUUGAGGAAAAAGCCUUGGCAUAUUCAUGCCUCAACUGAAAGCACGAUUAGUUCUGCAUAUCGAGGGAAAUAAACGAUGGAAGAUGAAUGAAAUAAAUGGAAUCUUCAGUUAAUUGUUACUCCUACUUAUAUGUUGUAUCAUCUUUCUACUUAGAUAAUAUGCUCCUUAUCAAUUCUCUCUUGUAACCAAUUACUCUUUUCUUCUUUCCUAUGCUCAGCUUGAAGAUUGAAUACUAUAAUUUGCUUACUUCUCAA